UUGCUCUAUACAUAGAAUAACUGAACUCUUUGGAGAUGUCGGAGGAGGGAACUUCCAGUUCCAACGGCCACAAGUAAUGGCCUCCCUUAGCUUCCAUGACGCUCUGCAUCGAAAGGAACUUUUUUCCUUCAAUCUCUGUAAGUACCCAUUAAAACCCAAUAGCUUAAAAUCGUGUAUGUUCUGUUCCCCUUUCAUGAUUUCAUCUAUCAGCCAUACUCUUCAUCGAAAUCCCUGUUCAACUUCUCUAGUUGGAGUAAAUGUAAGUAGAAUGGCAGCUAGAAUGUGCAGUAGUAGUGAAAAUUCCCAGUCAACACAAACAAUGAUGGAGAAAAGUCAUAGAAGAAGGGGUUAUAGUUUUACUCCUUUGAGGUAUAGAGAUAAAAGGGUAGAGAGAGAACAUAUUAAGAGAACGGUUAGUUCAGUUGUGGAGGAAAAAGUUGAAAGGGUGAAUGGGAAAGACAGCUACAGAAAAAAAGAAAGGGAUUUUAGUAGGAAGAAAGAAAUGGGGUCUUGGCCUUCUUCUUUGAGCCCUGUAGAUGAAAGGGCAGGGAUAAAAUCCAAGAAAACUAAAGUUAAUCAAUUGGUUGACAAUAUUACGGGUGAAAACUCAAAGAAAACUGAGAGUAGAAAUCAAGCAAGAGAUGAGAAGGUGGAUAAGAAGUCGAAGAAAACAAAAGUGGAUUCACCCGAGGUUCAGUUAAGAAUGGGGUUGGAUAUGUGUUCCAAACGAGGUGAUGUCUUAGGUGCAAUUUCUCUUUAUGACUCUGCUCGAAAAGAAGGCAUUAUGUUGAAGCAGUACCACUACACAGUGCUUCUCUAUCUUUGUUCUUCUGCUGCUGUAGGUAUUGUUCGCCCGGCUAAAAGUGGAAGUGGUAGUCGAAAUUUGAAGAAAUUGGACUUGACUACUGAGUUUUCAAAUUUGAAUUUCGCAGAAUCAUGCAUGACCAGGGACACAAGCGAAGGGAGUAUCGAUGGUUCAAACUUGAAUUUUCCUUCUUCAAGCAACAGGUUAUUGAUUGAAUCUGAUGAAAUUCAUGGAGAAAUGUCUGAUGAUAUAGAGCUUAAUUCUAGCAGGUUUUUAGUAGAUGCUGACGAUGACAAUGGUUACCCUGAAAAGGAACAGAUUUCUAAUGUCUCUAGUAGGUUUGUGGAGACAAAUCAUAUAUUAUUGGAUUCUUGUGUUACUUCAGGAAAGGACAAAGAUGAUUUAAUCAAUGAAAUAGGGGGAAGUAGUGAGCAAGAAGAUGAAAUCUGGGCCAGUGAAAAUGUGAAAAAGUAUGCACGCAUGAAGGGAUUUGAGAUCUAUGAUAAGAUGUGUUUGGAGGAGAUUCCCUUGAAUGAAGCAGCCUUGACAUCUGUUGCUCGAAUGGCUCUAUCAAUGGGUGAUGGAGAUCUGGCUUUUGAUAUGGUAAAGAAAAUGAAGCCACUGGGUAUAAACCCUAGGUUAAGGUCUUAUGGACCUGCCUUGUUAGCAUUCUGCAGUGGUGGAGAUGUAGAGAAAGCAUUCACUGUUGAAGAGCAUAUGUUGGAACAUGGAGUCUACCCAGGAGAACCUGAACUGCGGGCAUUAUUGCAACUGAGUGUAGAUAAUGGUAGGGUUGACAAGGUAUAUUAUUUGUUGCAUAAGCUCAGAACAAGUGUCAGGCAGGUUUCUCCUUCUACAUCAGAGUUGAUUGAGAAAUGGUUUAAGAGCAAAACAGCUUCACGUAUAGGGAAAAGAAAGUGGGAUCAAAGAUUGAUAGCCGAUGCAAUGGAAAAUGGGGGUGGAGGUUGGCAUGGUCAGGGCUGGUUGGGUAAAGGAAAAUGGACUGUCUUACAUACAUCGGUCGGAGAUGAUGGUGUCUGCCAAGGAUGUAGUGAGAAGUUGACCACAAUAGAUCUUGAUCCAACUGAGACAGAGAACUUUGCGAAAUCAGUAGCAUCCAUAGCUGCAAAUAGAGAAAGAAAUUCAAGCUUUCAGAAAUUUCAAAAAUGGCUGGAUUAUUAUGGACCUUUUGAAGCAGUAGUGGAUGCAGCUAAUGUGGGCCUUUUAAGCCAAAGAAGAUUUUUACUGUCCAAGGUCAAUGCUGUUGUGAAUGGAAUACGCCAAAAGCUUCCUUCGAAGAAAUGGCCACUGAUAGUUGUGCAUAACAAGCGUAUCACUGGUGGCAAAAUGAAUGAACCAGCUAAUAGGGCGCUGAUAGAGAAGUGGAAAAAUGCUGAUGCACUCUAUGCAACACCGACUGGAUCAAAUGAUGAUUGGUACUGGUUGUAUGCAGCUAUAAAGUUCAAGAGCUUGAUCGUGACCAAUGAUGAGAUGAGAGACCAUAUAUUUCAGCUUUUAGGAAAUGAUUUCUUCCCCAAAUGGAAAGAAAGGCAUCAAGUCCAUUUCAGUUUUCAAGAAGGCGGGCCCGAGUUCCAUAUGCCUCCUCAUUGUUCUGUGGUUAUUCAGGAAUCAAAGAAAGGCUACUGGCAUAUUCCCAUUGUAUCAGAACACAAAUCUGAAAAGGAGAGAACUUGGUUAUGCAUAACACGUGGAAAAACGCAUGUGAUAGGACAAGAAUCUGCUUACAGUUCCGAAGCAUUGUAUUGCCAAAAUCAAAUGCUUUUGGGGUGAAAUACACAACAUGAGGGCAGGGAGAGGUGGCUAGCAUAUUGAUGGGGACAUCAGCCCAAGCCUUAGGGUUUACCAGAGGAGGCGGCACAGAGAACCAUCCAACCUGGACUCUAUUUGGUUGGAUGGUUAAAGAUCAGAUUGGAGCCCACCUUUGGAGAGCCACGCAGGAACUCAAGCAGCUGUAUAUGGGCCCCACUAGCAGUCAACGCAAGGAAGAGGACUCCUUACCUAUUUUAUGUUUUUUUCUGUUAGAAAAUAAAUCUGUUUUAAUUAAGUAGUAUUUUUAUUUCCCUAAAGAGGUUAGGAUUUCUUACGUAUUUUGCAGAUUCUGUUUUCUUUUUUUAUUUCUUUUAUUUGUUUCCUAAAGUAUAGAACUCUUUGUUUAGCAGAUUCUGUUUCGAUCUUUUCCUUUUCUUAGAAGUUUAUUUUAUAAGUACAUUGUAAGGCCAAUGGCCAAAGGUUCUAAUUAAUGAAUGAAGAUUAUUGAAGGCAAAACAGCCCCCAAACCCCCCCCUAAGAAUUCUCUCGCUGCUCUCUCCCUCUUCUCAUUGCUCACUCUCGGUCUCCCUCUGUUUCUCGCCUCCUCUCUCUCUCACGGCUCUCUCUCCCAUUCUCCUUCUCCCUUUCUCAUCCUUCAUCCCUCUCUUUUCUGUUUUCUGUCUUCUGUCUUUCCUGUUCCUGCUGCCCUAUUGCAGAAAUUGUUCACCAUCAUUAGAGAUUAUCUCCAUCGAGAAAACCCCCAACUGGGUUGCUGCUGGAACUUCACCAACAAUCGGGACUGCUGUUCUUUAUCAAGUAGGUUGGACUGCAACUCUUUAUUUUGGAGGACCUCGAGUUCUUCUCUUCUCCUCAGACUUCAGACUUCAGACAGCAAGAAG